CUGCGAGCAGGACAGGAAAAGAUGCACGACACUGCCGCGCCUGCCGUCGUGGAAAUCGGUCGUGCGCGAGGUCAUGGGUGAGAGAGGCAAUCUGCUUGGAUGACACGAGAGGUGUUUGUCGGGAGGACACAGGGAAGGUUGCCUUGGGGAGUGAGAAAGGACAGGAAGGAAAGGAGAGGAUGACGAGAAACGGGAGCCCAUGUUCGUUUCCUGAAAGGGAGAAACAGGUCCAUGCCCCAGUUGGUUCUCCUCUACGCCCUCUCUCCGCGAUUAGAGUCUUGAUUGGGUUGUUUGUGGGAUUGACCUUGGUACUUAGUGCUAUAUUGAGUCUUUGCUUUUUUGCCCCUAUUACAGCUUAUCUGUUUCGCCUGGUCAGUGUGCCAUUAAGUAGGAAGUCAACCGGGUUUAUAUUUGGUUUUUGGCUGUGUUUGUGGGUGUUUUUCUUCGAGAAAAUCAAUGGUAUUAGCCUGGUCUUCGAUGGCGAGCAUGUGCCGGACGGAGAAAGCACGAUUGUCAUUUGUAAUCACCGGACGGAGGUAGAUUGGAUGUUUCUGUGGAACUUGGCUUACAGGAAGAAGGCCCUCGGAUGGAUCAAGUAUGUUAUGAAAAGUCAGUUGAGGAGUGUACCCGUUUUCGGCUGGGCUUUUCAUAUGCUCGAGUUCCUGUUUCUGGAACGGAAGUGGGAGGACGACCGCCUCGCCAUAGCCAAACACCUUGAAGGCUUCAGCGAUCGACGGAGUCCUAUCUGGCUUUGCAUGUUUCCUGAAGGAACGGAUUUCAGCGAAGCCAAGAAAAUAAAGUGCAAUGAGUACGCAAAGGAACAUGGGCUUCCUGGAUCCCACCAUGUGCUUCUGCCCCGCACAAAAGGGUUCGUAGCUUGCCUGAAGGCUUUGCGAAAUUCCAUUGAUGCUGGAACUCAGAUCCGACACUCUUGGAGAUCCUUUUUGGAAGAAACCCAAGCGAGGUCCAUAUCCAUGUGAAACGAGUGGAAUUAAGGAGUAUCCCUGCAGAUGAAGACGAGGCAUCCGCUUGGCUGUACAAGGUUUAUCAGGAGAAGGACCACCUCUUGAAGGACUUCUAUGCUAAUGGCAGGUUUCCUAGAGGGAGUCAAGGUAGUGGUAAUACAUUUAAAGAUGAUGGGGAGCAUCGUCAAAGUUUCUUGCGAUGCAGAGUCGCAUGGACCUUGUUUCCAUUCCUCUGUUGCUUAGGUAUUUGGCUAUUCUUUCUGUACACCUUCGUGAAACUUUGGUUUGUGUUUGUAUUCGUUGUAUUGUGGACAAUGGCUGUUUGCAAAUGCUUUCCGCCGGCGAUUCUGAAUUAAAGGGCCGCAUUUAUUUGGAUGGGAAUAAUAAGUUUAGUAGGUUUGCGGCCUUCCACAUCUCUGAAAAUAUGAAAUGCUCAUUUCCGUGUUUCAACCUCUGGAAGCAAUCUUUCAUUUCAACCUCUGGAAUAGCCAGCCAUUUGCGUCUUUGAUCUCACAGUCUUUAGCCUGCUGCUUGUCAGAACACGAGCGGUGCUCUAUAAUCGUGUUGUGUUUGGAAAUUUCAAGCCGUAUUUCAUUCACAAGUUCUCUGAUUUAAACAGACGAGAAUUUUCAUGUUUUUUACCUUUUGUAAUUGGAGUUGUUUGGAUGGGUGUUUAUCCUGAGGUAUUCCUAGAGUGUAUGCAUACCUCUGUAAGUAAUUUAGUACAACAUGGGAAAUUUGGGCCCUAAAGGGCCUUUGUAUUUGACCAGCCGCCGACCAAAAAAGAAAAGAUAGCCAUGUUGUGGUCAACUUCCUGUGUUUCUUUCAUUAUUGGUAGAAGUCGUGCUGCGUACUGUGGACAUGGGCCUGAUGUUGGAAAGACACAUGCCAAUGAAUGCUGGAUGCUCAUCAAAUGUGUUUGACACUGGUGGUAACGCGACUUUCAGGGGUGGGGAGUAGGGACAAAAGGGACGCAUGUGCGCACGGACAUCAGAGAGAGAAAAAUAAGGUGCAGGUGUGAUGGAAGGCAAGCAGGUGGUGUUUAUGCAUCGCAUGCUUAAAUACACUGGCAUAUGUUGUGGGCCUCGCACCUUGCAAAAUACAACGACGAAACAGUGGUUCUGUCAAAAGCUGAAAACAUUACACUUAUCAACAUAUUGUUACCUUUUCUUUCCUGAAAUCACAUACAACUUGAUAUAAGAUUAUAAGGGAAGACUGUCAGUUUCGGAUCUACGAGCAUCUGGGUCAAGAAGGUCGAGAAGGGGUAGUUAGUUCUGGUGACAAUUUGCGUUUCACAUGCU